AUGUCGUGCCGAUCCUUCCAGCAGGGCUCCAGAUGUGGCAGUCGGAGCUUCAGCUCAUGCUCAGCUGUCCUCCCCCAGGUGGUCACCCACUAUGCAGUGAGCAAGGGGCCAUGCCAGCCUGGGUGUGGCGGGGGCCUCCGAGUCGUGGGCUGCCUUGGCUCACGGAGCCUGUGCAAUGUGGGCUUUGGGAGGCCCCGGGUCGCCUCCAGGUGUGGCCUUCCUGUCUUUGGAUACCGAAUUGGGGCCACAUGUGGGCCUUCUGCCUGCAUCACCCCCGUCACCAUCAAUGAGAGCCUACUGGUCCCACUCCAGCUGGAAAUUGACCCAACUGUGCAGAGUGUGAAGAGAGACGAGAAGGAGCAGAUCAAGUGCCUCAACAGCCGCUUUGCAUCCUUCAUCAACAAGGUCCGGUUUCUGGAGCAGAAGAACAAGCUGCUAGAGACCAAGUGGAAGUUCAUGCAGCAGCAGAGGUGCUGCCAGAGCAACGUGGAGCCCAUCUUCGAGGCCUACAUCUGCAGCCUCCAGAGGCAGCUGGACUGUGUGGCUGGGGACCGUGUCAGGCUGCAGACGGAGCUCUGCAGCCUCCAGAAUGCACUGGAAGGCUACAAAAAAAAAUACGAAGAGGAGCUGUCCCUGCGGUCCUGUUCAGAAAAUGAGUUUGUUGCCUUAAAGAAGGAUGUGGAUACGGCCUUCCUGAUGAAGUCUGACCUGGAGACCAACGUGGAGGCUCUGGUCCAGGAGAUCGACUUCCUGAAAGGCCUGUAUGAGGAGGAGAUCUGCCUGCUCCAGUCUCAGAUCUCAGAGACCUCAGUCGUUGUGAAGAUGGACAACAGCCGGGCACUGGACGUGGACGGCAUCAUUGCUGAGAUCAAGGCCCAAUAUGACGACAUUGCCAGCCGCAGCAAAGCUGAAGCGGAGGCCUGGUACCAGUGCCGGUACGAGGAGCUGCAGCGGACCUCCGGGAACCACUGCGACAACCUCCGCAACCACAGAAACAAGAUCCUGGAAAUGAACAAGCUGAUCCAGCGGCUGCAGCAAGAAAAUGAGAACGUCAAAGCUCAGCGCUGCAAACUGGAAGCUGCAGUGACCCAGGCGGAGCAGCAGGGCGAGGUGGCCCUCAACGAUGCCCGUUGCAAGCUGGCUGGGCUGGAGGAGGCCCUGCAGAAGGCCAAGCAGGACAUGGCCUGCCUGCUCAAGGAGUACCAAGAGGUGAUGAACUCCAAGCUGGGCCUGGACAUCGAGAUCGCCACCUACAGGCGCCUGCUGGAGGGCGAGGAGAGCCGGCUGUGUGAAGGCAUUGGGCCCGUGAAUAUCUCCGUGAGCAGCUCAAAAGGUGCCGUCUUGUAUGAGCCGUGUGUGGUCAGCACGCCCUUGCUGAGAACUGAAUACUGCCCAGGGGGCACCACUGUCCUCAAGAACAGUGGGGGCUGCAGCAUGGUGGGCACAGGUGAACUCUACAUCCCCUGUGAGCCCCAGGGGCUCCUGGGCUGCUCGAGCAGGCAGAGCUCCAGCAAUAAGCUAGGGUCUGGGGACGGCUCCUCCUCCCACAAGUAUUAG